ACUAUUUUUUGGGAUUUGUGGCCCCCCUGAUGGAUUCCCCGCAUUUUGGCACUAGGAUUUUCGAUAGAGGACACCAUUCUGCACCUCUCCACCAAAAUUCAGCGAUAUCGUAGGGGCCGUCGAUCCCUGCUGAAUCCCUGCUGAACCCCUGCUGAAUCCCUGCUAACUUCCGUUACAUGCAAUUUCUCCCGGUAUCUUGAUUUCUCCUAUACCCAGUGCCAAUUCGAUUUUAAGUAAUUUUGCUAAAUUUCAGAGAUUUAAAAGAACUGCAUCGAACUUCAGGAGCAGAUAUGAGGCUGCUGCUGGCACCACUGCGUCUAACGUCAGCAUCCCCUCGCUGCCUCCUCUCCUCAGCAUCUCUCCAUCCAGCAUCUGUAACCACCACAUGUCUGCCUGGUCUCCUGAGCCCUCUCACCACCUCAGCAACCUCCCACCACGCCACCCCUCCCCAUAGACACCUGCUGUCACCCCUCGCCAGUCCCUCCGUUGCCUCCCUCCACACCUCUCCCGUCUCUGCCGGCCUCCGGGACCUGGUGGCUCCGGGCGGCGCCAUCCGGAACGUACUGGGAAAGCUGGGUGUGCUCAACGUGAGCCGCGCCCGACUGCGGGCCGUCGGAUACCUGCUGUACGAGACGGCCGCCGAUGGGCCCGACUACGUGCAGUUCUUCCAGCUCUGCGAGAUGCCGGACACGUUCUUCUCAUGGUACUUGGUAACGGAGCUGCACGUGUGGAUGCUGUGUGUGCGUCUCGCCGAUGACGGCGCAGAGGGAAAGUUCUGCCGCGGCCAGCUCAUCACCGCCAUGUGGGAGGACCUCGAGACGCGCAGCAAAAAACUCGGAUCGGUCGCCGCGUCGGUGCGCAACGAGCAAAUCCAGCAGACGUCGCACCACUUCCAGGCGGCGCUGCUGGGCUACGACGAGGGUCUGCAGGACGACCGGGUGCUGGCCAGCGCCCUCUGGCGGCGGCUGUUCUCGCGCGGCGGUAAGGACGCCACCCGGCUGGAGACGAUCGUGGCGUACGUGCGGCGAGAGCAGGCGCGCCUGGACCGACUCAGCCGAGACCGACUGCUGCUGCACGGCCAGAACAGCUGGGGGCCGCUGCUGGUCACCUGACCGGUCAGCAAGGACUAGUUAAUGUCACGUGACCGGCCGGCUGGGAACCGCUGCAGCUCACCUGACCGGCCGGCCGAGGGCCGUGAUAGGUCACCGCCUGUCUGGUCACGUGACCGGCCGGCUAAGGCUCCGGUGCAGGUCACCUGACCGGACGGCCGAUGGGAGCGUGCGGGAGCGUUUGCGUGCGUACGAUUGCGUGCUAGAUCGCGGAAUCGUAUCGACUGAUGGAUGACCUAGCUAAUUAUGUUUCAGAGAAGUGGACAGGAAGCCUUUUGUUGUGACGCUGGCGUGUGUAGAAUGUUUUGAGAUAUAUGUGCAAUUGUGUCGAACUGAUCAGUCAUUUUGAACAUGAAACACGAUACUUCGCGAA